GUAGGACUAAGGCAUCGAUGAAUCGAUAUCAUCAUCAAGCUCACGACUUCAAAGUUCUACCUAUCCCGCACUGCGCUCUUGCUGAGCUAAAAUUCCCUUGAGGCCUUGUCUCUCUGAUGGCUUGGGCAAUAUCCAGACUUUGAAGCUUUCCCCGCAUCCCAAACCGGUGUCACUCUCAACUUUCUCAAGUCUCAACCCUCCUGAGUCCCGAGUCCGACGUCUCCCAAUUAGACAAGCCAAAGGCGUACUAUGGUCUUUGUCUCUGCUAUACCUUAACCAUCGUCUUUGUCUCUGCUAUAUAUUUUAACUAGUUCACCCGGCUACAUAUCAUCCCCGCCGCUUCUCGUCCCUGGACUUGUCACCAAUUUCCUGGUUUCCGCUGCUGUACGGAUAGCUCGACCCGAACCACGCCCAGCACGUCAAAAUGUCGCGCCACCAGUAUGUUCGGAGCUUGGAUGUGCACGAUGCGAUGGAAGAGUUUGAAGGCUACUCAGAGGAGGAAGAGGAUGAGCUUAGCCCCGAAGACCGUGCAUUGAUGAAUCAAGGCACUAUCGACGUCCAGGCCGCCCUCGGCGUCGAAGCCUCAAAAGUCACCAUCGCCCAGAUCGAGGAAGCCUUGUGGCACUACUACUACGACGUGGACAAAUCAGUUGCCUAUCUCACAGCAAAAUUCAUAAAUCCACCGCCCAAGGCAGCCAAACCGGUCGCUCGGCAAACGAAUGUCGAUACAGCUGGAAAGAAAACUCCCGCCGCCCAACCUAACAAAAAGGGGGGUUCUGCUGCAGAAGCCGUUGCCGCAGAAGUGAAGGACUUGAAGAUUAGCGAUGCCCCUUUGCCAAAGAGCCGAAAUCUAGAUGUAAUCUCCGAAUUUCAAAAGAGCAAAAACAAGAAGAGCGCCAGUUUUGUGGUUGUUGGUCAUGUCGACGCCGGAAAGAGCACCAUGAUGGGCCGGCUUCUACUCGAACUCAAGGUAGUCGACCAGCGCACUGUGGACAAGCUCAGGAAAGAGGCCGAGACCAUCGGCAAGACGUCGUUCGCCCUCGCCUGGGUCUUGGAUCAACGAUCCGAAGAACGGUCCAGGGGCGUUACCAUUGACAUUGCCACCAAUAGAUUUGAAACGGACACAACUGCCUUCACUAUUCUGGAUGCACCUGGCCACAGAGACUUUAUCCCCAACAUGAUCGCCGGAGCCAGUCAAGCCGAUUUUGCGGUCCUCGUCAUUGAUGCGAGCAUCGGGGCUUUCGAAUCCGGCCUGAAAGGCCAGACUAAGGAGCAUUCGCUGCUGAUCCGUAGUAUGGGGGUGUCCCGGAUCAUCGUGGCAGUCAACAAGCUCGACAUGGUUGCAUGGUCUCAAGAGAGGUUCGACGAGAUCAGGGACCAGGUGUCUGGGUUUUUGUCAGCAACGGGCUUCCAGCAAAAAAGCAUUUCCUUCGUCCCCGUUUCUGGCCUGCAUGGCGAUAACCUGGUACAGAGAUCGACCGAUCCGGCGGCAUCAUGGUACACCGGGCCGACGCUGGUCGAGGAGCUGGAGAAAUCGGAACCGAACGCUAGGGCGUUGGCGAAACCCCUGCGGAUGACCGUAUCAGAGGUCUACCGCACCAUGCAGAGCCCCGUCACCGUCUCCGGCCGGAUUGACGCGGGCUCUUUGCAAACAGGUGACGCGCUGCUCGUCCAGCCCAGCGGAGAGAAGGCAUAUGUGAAGUCCGUCCUGGUCGACGAGGCGCCGGCAGACUGGGCGGUUGCCGGGCAGAACGUGGUGCUACACCUGAGCCACAUUGAUCCCAUCCACGUCAAGGUCGGCGACAUCAUCUGCGACCCGGCAAAGCCGAUCCCCCGCGCCGACAUAUUCACGAUGAAGGCGCUGGCCUUUGACUUUUUGAUGCCGAUGCAGGUCGACGUCCACAGGGGUCGUCUGCAUGCGGCGGGAAGAAUCGAGGCAAUCCCGGCGCUCUUGGAUAAGGUGUCUGGGGCGGUCACGAAAAAAAAGCCCAAGAUUGUCAAGCCGGCCACGGUGGCUAGGAUCGUGGUAAGACUGGAGGCGCAAGUGCCGCUGGAGGCCGGGCAACGGGUGGUGUUGAGGAGCGGUGGACAGACGGUGGCUGCUGGGUUGUUGGAAUGAGGUCCCCGUUCCCAGAGCCUUGCGCAUUUUUGCAGCGUACAUAAAACAGCAACGCCGUCUGAAUUAGCAGCUGCUACGGCGACUCAACUGUUGAUAUUGAACGUUUGAAGGAAUUCUCUUUCCUCGUGGUCGGCAGGUAUCUGCCGUUAGUGCCGCCCAAAUUUUACGUGCAAAAAUCGUCCUCUCGACUACCCCUUCUAACAGAUUUGACUACUCGAGUGUAACCGGCACCAGUACUUGC